AUGAUCCAAUAUGACUUACAACAAAAUAUCUUUUUAAUGACACAAGAGUCCGAAAGCAAUAGUGCUAGUUUAAGAGAUACAGAAGCAGAGCGUAAUAAAGCGUCUCCAGGUACUUUCGAAGCACUAGGCUCCCAGUAUCAUCCCUACUGGGCAAGCAACACUGCCAAACGUCUAAAAAUAAAUGCUCUCUUACUAUACAAGAGUUACUUACAUGACAACUUUGACAGUUUAAUUGAUGCGGUAAAGGAGAUGCUUAAUGAAGAAACAGAUCCAGAGGAAGCUGAAACAAGCGCUGGAUCAGCGGAAGAGCAAGUGAAAGUGGCUGUAGUACCUUUCAAUCAAGUCUUGCGUAAAGAUCUCUCUGUAGAGUUAAGACCUACCAUCAUUGAAAAACUUAGCUCUGCAAUCUACAAAUACUCUGAUUUUGCUUGUAUUUUCUUCCUUGUUGUUCAACUGACAAUGACAACAUUUACAAUGUCUGACGGCAAUCCUCUGGAAAUGAAUACAAUCAUGCCAAGUGAAUUUCAGAGAGACACCGCACCAGUCGUAUUACCGGCACCAAUCAGAAAUGCAAGCAGCGAUGAUGCUGACUACAAGACUAUUUUUUCUUUAAAUCACUUGCAAGUCGUCAGUACUUUGAAUUUUGGUGCAGUGAGGAUUCAAAAGCAGGCAAGAGCUAAGUAUCCACUUUGUAUAAGUACACAUGAGCAAGUACAAGCUGGAGAGACUAGCCAAGCAGAAAACAGCCCCCAACCAAUUGAUAACGAUGUCAACGGCGAAGUACAGUAUAUUUUUGCCGAAGUCAAGGAUUUCAAUGCAACAAUCAAGAAGCCUGUUACCGCACAGUUUUCAACCAACUUAGAUCUCAUGUAUAAAAACGGCAAAAGGCUGAAGAACGCCAUUGAAAAGACGCUGAGGAUAUUGUUGAAGCUGCAUAUCCGGCCUAAAAAGGAAAGAAGCAGAAGAAAACUCAUAAACGAGUUACAAACAACCUCUGAUACAAGCCACACUGUAGUAAUUGAAAACAGCAUUUUCAGCAGAAAUAAGAGACCUCUACUCAACAAAGAUCGAAAACAAUUGCAAAAGUAUCAAGAGAAGAACAAAACGAGUAAAGCAGCUAAAGUUGCCAGAAAAAUUAAACAUAUUAAGGAACUUCAAUGGAAGAAGAAGGCAAUAUAUGAACUUGAUACAGCGGACCAUGCUGUUAAUAAGUAUAUAUUUUACAUUUAG